UGACCGCCGCAUGCAUUAGUGGUGCGAUGGAUGGCUGUGUUCACGCGUCAAUGGCAAGCUGAAACUGGUCGAUCAUGUCCAAAUUUAACAGCUGGUGCAUAGCGUAACAGCCAGUGGACGUAUUGGUGCACCACAUCGGCAUGAUGCAUCGACAUUGCUAAUACAACGGCCCCUCUCACGCGCAUGCCGUCGGAGAAAAUUGGGGGUUAUGGUCUUUUUGAGCGGCAACAGCGUGUCGGAUGAUAUCGAAGUCCUUUAAAGUCUCGUGUAUUGUAAUAUGCAAGCUACUGCUACGGCUUCUUCAACCUUUAUCCACACCGUUAGCAGCCAAAUGCAUCCCAAAUGCAUCCACAGCCAAAUCCAUCAACAGCCAACUCCACCCGCCCACCCAGGAGUGCUACACUGCUAAGACCUUCUCCAGACCGGUUUCACCACCACUAUUCGAGCUAGCGGAAUUUUAGGACAAUUCCCCACGCGACAGUAUGUUGGCGCGGCUGCCGCCAGAGAAAUCUGGGCGUUACGACCUUUUUGAGCGGCAACGGCGCGUUAGAUGAUAUCGGAGCCUUCAGUGUCUCAUCCGACUGCUGUGUAACUUGUGUUGUGCAUCUCAAGAUGCGCGGAUGCGUGGUUUGGGCAAUAUACAUAGGUACCUUGGGAUGAACAGCACCUCAGGGUUAACACAUAUAUAAGUGAUUGCUG